AUGGGAUCCAACUACUGGAACAACGGCUGGUAUGAUGCCUCGUCACCACAUGACCAGGCCUCGUCACCAACUGGAUACUCCUUCGACUAUUAUCAGUCACAGCCUUUGGUCAGAUAUGGUAGUUCUGGCAGUAACUCCCAGGCUUCGACCAGAGGCCCCGAGUCACCUACAGAUAGCUACUACACUCUGCAUGGCUCACCAACUAUGGACGAUGCUGUUUAUCAGCAAAGCCAUAGCUAUCAACAGCACUACACUUCUGGUCAGACAAGGGCUGGAGAAUCUUCUGUGCCACGGGGCGAAUCUGGAAAUGACUGGCCAGUCUCUUGCCUUCACCCUGGUUGUACUGCUCGCCCUUUCAAGCGUACUGCCGACCUCAUUCGUCACUACAAGAACACGCAUGCUCCCGAAUCGAGCAAGGAUGUCUAUCUAUGUGACUACCCUCGAUGCACUCGCUUUCGUGAGCCCUUCCACCGCCGCGACCACUUCCGAGACCAUCUCCGCGAAUACCACUGUGAAGACAUCAUGAAGCGAGGCGCCACUGUCAACGAAGAGUGGCUCGAAGGUCGCUACACUCCUUCUACUUGGUGGCGCUGCCCCCGAUGCCUUGUCAGAGUCAACAUCUCAAAGCACGGGUACGAAUGCCCCGGGUGUAAGACAUCGUGCGAGUCUAAGCGCAAAGAGAAGCGCCGCAGUCGAUCUUGA